AUUAGUUGUCACGUUUUGUUAAGUCCUAACUUGCCCUGCUGCUGGUUGACAACAAUGUAUUAUGUAACUGUGUCCAGAAUACUCCAAACCUGCUUGACUUGCUGUUCUGUGUUCUCCCACAUUCUCGGUUGUUAGGCUGACGCCUAUCAGCCGUGACAAGAGCUGUUCUUCAUUCGGAGUACAACAGUACAACAAGUAAAAACAACAAACGUUCUUACUAAAAACACGGGUUAUUUCAUUACACGUGUAUGCAAGUAAUGUAUCCAAGCAUUUCUGGCUGUGUGUGAUAAUCGCACAUCCACUAAGACCUUUUGUCUUAGGGGGAUACUGGAAGGUGUGUGCACAGCAUGACAACAUGCAAAGAGAGAGGGAGUGGGAGGGAGGAAGGGAGAGAGAGAGAGAGAAAGGAGAUUGGCACAGGUGUACUAUAUAUUCUGGAUGGGUGGUGGUGAGGAGUCAGAGGGAGGGAGGAACCAACCUUAAAGGAAAGACACUCCCUCGUUUUGACUUCAGUUAUACACAGCGAGUCAAGUCAACAUCACUGCGCUCUCAGACAACAUGCUUAGCCUGAUCAAGCUACCCAGAGUCUUUACCAUCAACCAAGUGCCGAAAGUGUUCCAUGAGGACGGCAUCAUCUCGGGCUACCGCCACCCUUGCAGCUCAGCCACUGACUGCAUCAUCAGCCUCUUCCAGCUGACCAAUGAGACGGUCAACAUCUGGACUCAUUUCCUGCCCACAUGGUACUUCUUAUGGAAGCUACUGACGGUGAUUCUGACACGGGACGUGUGGCAUGACUCCUUCACCUGGCCCCUGGUGGUGUUCCUGGUGUCGUGCUGCAUCUACCCGCUGGCCUCCAGCUGCGCCCACACCUUCAGCACCAUGUCCACGAGGGCACGCCACAUCUGCUUCUUCUUCGACUAUGGAGCACUGAGUCUCUACAGCCUUGGGUCAGCAAUUACAUAUUCUGCCUAUGUGAUUCCUGAUAACUGGGUGAAUAGCUUGUUCCACCAGUACUACGUCCCUGUUGCCGUGGCAAACACCAUCAUCUGCACUGCCUUAGCGUGCUACUCCAGGCUUGGUUUUCCAUUUCUCCAGUAUAAUCGUAACACCAUUAUAAGAUUCCCAGAGUAUCAAUUCCCGAAGUUUGCCAAAUUUCUUCGCAUUGUGGCUUUUGCUUACCCCUACCUGUUUGAUAACAUUCCUCUCUUUUAUAGGGUGUUCUUAUGUGUGGGUGAUGGCUGCACUGACAACAACGCCAAUGUCCUCCACCACACCCACAUCGCCCUGGCCUUCCUCACUGCGUUCCUCUAUACCACACACCUACCAGAGCGCCUGGCACCCGGCAGCUUUGACUACAUAGGCCACAGCCACCAACUGUUCCACGUGUGUGGUAUAAUCAGCACACAUUUCCAGAUGGAGGCAGUCGAGCAGGACAUGGUGACGCGGCGCCAGUGGCUCCUUACGCACUCUUCACCCGUCGCCUUUGCCGACACGCUCGGGGCUGCCAUGCUGUGUGUCGCCCUCAGCCUCGGCAUCAUCUUCCUCUUCAGUCUUCCUCUGGUCUGGUCGGGAAACCAGGGGAAGAUACACGGCGACAAGAGCCCACAGUCACGGGCAGCCGCCAAGGGCUGCUGGGGCCACUAGCGCCGUCCGUUAACCACAUGCUAAUGAAGGUUGAAUGUAUGUGGAUGUAAAGCCGGACUCCGGUGAGCGUUAAGAGGUGAUGUUAGCCACCUUGGCUUCUUAGUGGCAGACAGAGGGACAGUAGUGAAAUGAUGAAAGACGAUACCAAGCCGAAGAGGCAAUGGGAUGUUCUUCACACAGAUUAUUGAGGAGCGUGUUGUUAGCAGAACAAGAUCUCCAGAUUUUCUACGGUGAUGGACAACUGAGAGUUUUGGUGCUGUACCUCCGGUCUUCUACGUGCGUAAUUCUUACUUCGGUUUCUUUGGUUUCUCAAGGCAUUCAAGAGCCUGCUGAGGGUGGAGCAGUGCUGAGAAAUCACAAACUUUAGUAUUACGAAUAAUUUUACAUGAAGGGGAAUACUCGAUAUUCUGUACAUUCCUUUUUCUUUCUAUUUCAAAAAAAAUAUUUUUGUACUAUAUAAGGGUAUUGAUAAUUUUUAUCUACACAAACUAUAUAUCACAAAUAUACUACAUGUUUGUAUCACUGUUAUUUGUUCAAAUGUUCUGCACAGCAACUACAGUAAAGGACGUUAGAGGGUUUUGGGGUCCAACAAAAUUAAUGUACCCCACUCACCAAGAUCAGCACUGAGGGAUGUAAGUACCUGAUUGUGUAUGAAUGAAUAUUCUGUAUGAUGGUCUUGUAUUUAAAUGUAUUUUUAAAGAAAAGUUAAUUUUUUUAAAGAAUUAUAUUGUACUAUGUAAGUUAAUGUUCCUGUUAUGAUGAAAGUAUUUAAGAACAAUGCCAUUUA